CGUUCACCAUCGCAGCUCAUGCGCCGCCGCUACGAAAUUUUGUUAUUGAAACCGCUCUAUAAGCGUCAGCAAUCUCUCCUGUGAUCUCUGAUAUAAACACGUGUCUCGUAUUGUUGUGAACUAUUUUUCUUAUUGUUACGAAAUUCUGAAUUAUUAUGACGUUGUUUGAAGUGAUUGUUGGUACUUACGAACAGUUCUUGCUGGGAUACAAAGUUGAGAAAGUGGAGAAGAAAUGCAAAUUGGAGAGGAGUUUUGCUACCCACAGCCAUCUGGCCAGUGUGCGAACUGUGACGGCCAGGAAACAUUAUCUAGCAUCUGGUGGUGCUGAUGAUUCGAUUUAUCUGUACGACAUGAAACAGAGGACUGAGACGGGAAAACUUAUGCAUCAUGAUGGUACAGUAAAUUGUGUGGCAUUCACCCCCGACGCGACUCACCUCCUAUCAUGUGGUAAUGACGGUAGCAUCGGCAUCGUGCGCUGUGGAAAUUGGCAGCUGGAGAAGCACUGGAAGGCCCCCCACAAAGGAUCAGCAGUCAACACACUAUCAGUCCAUCCAACAGGUAAACUCGCCCUCUCAAUAGGCGCCGAUGGUGUCCUCAGGACUUGGAACCUAGUGAAAGGACGACAGGCCUAUGCCACCAACCUGAUCUCUCGGUUCAAAUAUGACGCGAAAUAUGUGAACAUCGUCCUCUGGAGCCCAGACGGUACGAAGUAUCUCAUCGCUUGCAAUACCAAACUCGAUGUAUAUUCGGUAGAAACAGCUGGCAUUUCAGCCGAGGAGAAUUUCCCGUCGAAAAUCGUAUCCGUUGAUUUUCUCAAUCAGGAAAAUAAUGAACUUGUGGUUCUGGGGCAUGAAGAUGGAAAAUUGAGGAUUUACAAUAUUGAAGAUAAAUCACUCGUCCUUGAAACAGAUGCACACGAGACUAGGAUCAAGUGUAUUCAGUGUAGAGAUAACUACAUUGUUUCAGCAUCUAGUUCUGGUGAACUUAAAUUGUGGAAAUUUGUUAAGGGUAAUUUGAAAAAAUUGGGGAGUGCCAAUUGCGAUGCAAGGAUAACGUGUAUGACGAUAAUAUAAUUUACAAAAAUUUUCUUCUGUUGAAACAGAGGUUACGAACGAUUUUUUUCUUUUGCUGAGAAAAUCUAAACCUGGUUUGAUCCUCUGAUGGUUACAAUAGGUCUACCAGAUCCGAAUACGUCUUUAGUUUGUAAGUAAAUAUCAGGAGGGGAAUCCAAUUUCCUUGUCUCGGAAAGUGAAUAUUCGAUCCCCAAUGGAAUCUAUAGAUUUUUCCAGCGAGACAAAUAAUGAGCUCAUGGUUCUGGGGCGUAACGAUAUAAAAUUGAGGAUUUACCGUGUUGGCGACAAAUCACUCGUCCUUGAACCACAUGAAUACGAGGCCAGGAUCAUGUGUAUUUAGGGUAGAGAUAAUUAUCUCGUUUCAGCGUCUAGUUCUGGUAAACUUGACCUGUGCAAAUUUAUGAAACUUAGUCUAGAAGAAUUGCUUGAUGCGACGAUAACUUGUAAGAUGAUAAUAUAUAGCCCUUCAUAUUUUUUCGAUGAA